GACGGCGGGCAGUCAGUCGUCGUCGCGCCGUAUUGACGUUUGUGUUUGUGAGCGCCGAGCGCGACCCUGUCGAGACCGCGACUGUUCAUUAUAAUAUUAUACACAUUAGACUGCAAUAAUAAUUUUUAUAACGUUUUCAAUAGUACCUACUUACUGUUUAUAUUUUUUACUCGUGGACCGCCACACAAUUUUAUACAUUCGAAUCGUUUACAUAUUUUAUUUUAUUGGAUACGGUUGCGUUUAUUUUUUAUCGUCGUUUUUUAUAUUAUUUACAUUUUUUACCUACAGAAAUAUCAACGACAACUGUUCGUUACACAAUAUAUUAUUAUAUCAAUGCGUUUCGGUGUCGACGGGAAUCAUUUGUUAUACACGUAUACAUAGCGUUUACAUAUUAUUAUCAUACGACGAGGUUGUUAUGUGCGACCGGCUAUGAGUUCACCAAAGUCGUCGGACAGGAAAUCGGGUAGGAAACAGUCGUUUUCUCAACAACGGUCCUCCAACGAGGACAUUUAUCAGCAGGACGAGUACGACACUCCGAAUCAAAUACUCGACCGCGUGAAAUGUGAUCAUGUAACUGUUACAAAACCAGAAGAAGAUCGACGGAGAAGGACCAUAAUUGUCGAGAAAAGAAAUGGAAGUUAUGGCUUUAUGCUCCAAAGUUAUGGCAUUCAUUAUAAAAAGGAGCAGGAGAUUGAAAUGAUAACGUAUGUGGAUCACGUGGACUACGAUGGACCGGCGUAUAGAGCCGGGAUGAGAGAAGGUGACGUGAUACUGUCAAUAAAUGGCGUCGAUAUGGAAAAGGCUGACCAUAAAGCAUUGGUAAGCUUUAUAAAAAGCUGUGAUUCACGAAUGAGAAUGGUGGUACUAUUUGAAGACUGCGUGCGAAAGGUCGACUUACACAUGAGAUAUAUACAACUUCAGCGUACGCUUCAAGCCAAAGUCGAAGAACUGGAAAAGGUCGAAAUCAAAGAGAGAGAGCUUAUGGAAGGAAAAUGGAAAACGCACAGUUUGCCGGCAAGAAAAAAGUCUAGUCAUUCUUCUAAGGACACUGCCAACCAAAAAAUAUUGACUGAAAACGGUGAAAGUUCUAUGUCUAGGCCUACAUUAUCGACUGAAGACGUGGCCAAAGCACAGCCAAUUUAUGUGCCCAAACAAAACUUUAUGUUGGCUUAUCGACCACACCAUUUUAUCGAUCAGCACGGACGUUCCUACUACUUGCAUCAGCCUGCCACUGCCAUAAUCAAUGGAGAUUCAAGUUACGUCGGUUGGCACAGCAAUCGUUCAAUUAACAGCAGCAAAAGCUGCGACCAACAGGAAAACUGGGCGCCACCGGAUCAACCGGUUCAGCAGAGGAGACGAUCGCAUUACGUGGUGGAAGUCAGCCGGCGGUGCAGUACAUCGUCGGACGUGCCGAAUCGUUCGCAGCAACAGCAGCCUCACUGCAAACAGCACAACUUCACCAACAGAGCAUCGCAGCGGUCUUCAUCUCAAGGCGAUAACUGUCCGCGAUGGGGUUGCAUACGUACCGGUGGCGGCGCAUCCGGUCGACGGAGGAACGAUGGCGGCGGAGGACACGACGCCGACGACGACGACGAUGACAACGACGACGACGACGACGAUGGAGGCAGCGUGGAGGCAUACGAUCUGGCGGCGGACGGCGGGGCGGCCUGCUGCCCGGGUUCGCAGUGCGUGCCCACCAGGAGACAUCGGCGCAGGCGCAAGUCAUCGUCGGCGCGUGGCGUCCGCGACAAAAGCCCAGACUGCAAAUCGGAGAGUUCGUACUGCCGGAAGGGACACGAGAAGCGCCGCAACUCUACCAGGAACGAAGCGCCCGACGAACACAACCCUUCGCUUCAACACCUUACCGGUACCGGCGGUAAUCAUGGUUACUCCAAUCUAGUGAACGAUCGGUACGCGUCGGACGAGCGUAUGUGCCAAAGUACAUCGAUCGGCGGGGGAGGCGGCGGAGGCGGCCGACCUUCGCAAAACAGUCUGACGGAGAACAGCCCAGCGUCGUACACGACGUCGCUAAGUACGGACACGCUGUACUGGGACGACGACCCGAUGGCCGCGGGUCAGCCGUCGGCCGCAUCCCGGCAGCACUCCGUCAAGUCACAGUCGUCUUCGACGUACCGGCGUGACAACUGCGCCGUCAAGCCAGUCAAGUCGUGGGACAACCUAACCACCAAAGCGUUCGGUGGUUACGGGUUCGGUUACGAGUAUUUGGAUCGCGACCAGAUUGUCAACAACGGCGCCGGCGCAGGCGGCACGGGUUCCGGACAGCAUCACAUGGUGUACCUGCAGCUAAAGAACGUCAAGGGCGGACAGAAACACCAUGUCGGCCACCAUCACCACCAUCACCACAACCACCAACACCCGCAGCAGCAGCAGCAGCAGCAGCAGCACAACCUCCAGCAACAGCAGCAACACAACCAUCACAACAACAAUCAACAGCGGUCCAACCACAACGGCCACCAUCACCACCGCCACAACGCCGGCGGCCGGAUCCGUCACCCGACCAAGUCCACGGAGACACUGCUCACGCUACCGCCGCAGUACCCGAUCACGGCCAUCGAAUCGUCGGCCAGCUGCGAAUACUUGGACGCUUGUUCGUCGUCUUCGUCGUUGGCGGCCGGCGGUUACUUCGCUGGUUACGUCAGGAACGACAAGGCCAGUCAGACGGACUGCCGGAGAUACGCGGCACAACAUCAGCAGCCGCCGCCCGAAGUGACGAGGCUCUGAUGAGAAUCUCCAACAUCACAUUAUUAUUGUAUUUUAAUUAUUAUUAAUUUAUUGUGUUAUCAUUUUUUUUUAAAUUUGUAUUUUGUACCGCGUCUAUUCUAUUGUACUUCGGUUUUUUACGCGAUGGGAAAUUUUACUAUAAAAAAUGUUAGGUAUUAAAUUAUAUCCCCGCCAUAGUGUGAUUUUUUUCUAAGCUCAUACUUUAGUUAUAUUUACGAAAAUAUUAUUAUACAAUCUCCUCAUAUUUAUCUCUAGUCAUCAA